UUCUGUGCCUAAGCACAUUUGCCUCAUUAUAUUAUAAUUUUUUUUUACAUAAAUCUUAUAAAAUUCCAAAUGCAGCAUUAAAUUAUAUAAAUUGUAUACAGUGCCUCUAGUUCCAUUGUGGUGAGUGAAGAUGGCAUCUGUUCAAGCUAAAAUGAAGGUUCCUUUCAAAAUGGAGUGUAAAAAAAAAAAAAAAAAAAAAAAAAAAAAGACAAUGAGAUCUUAAAAUCUUAUUACAAUACUUGUGGCAAGCAGGGCGGGGCAGAGAGCAGAGAGCAGUGAGAACAAAUGAGUGCUGAAUAAACAUAAAAGAAAGAACAUUCUGCCAUAAAUCACAGGGAAAGAAACCAAAAGACAGCAUUCAUGAAACUGUUUAUAUAUUUCACUGUUGUCUCCUUGAUUUUCACUGAAGGAUCAUCAGUGAAAGUUCAUCCAGGAGGAAACACAACACUCCCCUGUAACAUUAAAGAUGACACAGAGAUUUCAUGGAUCAUUAUAAAUCGAAACCAAACAUUUGUCAGAAUUCUGAAGCUUGAAUAUGUUUAUGGGACAGAAUCUAAACCAGAGUCCUCUUAUAUUCACCCAAGUUACGCAGGACGGAUAAAAGCUCUCAGUUCUUCCACAAACACUCACUCUCUGCUUCUGAUGAACAUCACUGACACUGAUCUGAUGCUCUACUGCUGCACUCAAUGCAAACUUGAACAAACUCACUGCACUAAACUGGACUAUGAAGGUGAUGUAGAAGCAAGCAUUGAAGAUGUAGAGCAGCAGGACACCAAAACUAUCAUACAUGAGUCAGUGAUCAUGAAUAUCUUCCCAUGGCUGCCUGUCGUCUGUGUGCUUCUGCUGCUGUUACUGAUGUCAAAUGUUUGUGUGUGUUGGAGAGCAACAGGACUGCAGAAAGGUGGUGCAAGAACCAUUGACCCGCACCAGGAUUGGAUUCACAAUAGUGUUCAUGAUGAAAUAAAUCGAAAUGAUUGGACAAUAGCUGAAGUUCUGUAUACACCUGAGUAAUAUUCCUUAAUUCAAAAUUCCCUUAUACAUUUAACUUCAUCUUUUGUCCUUAAUACAAUUCGUAAGCAUCAUUAUCAUUGUAAUAAUCAAAUAAUAUUUGUACGGCCCUCUUCUCUGUUGAUGUGUGCAUAUAUAUUAGAUUAUUAUUGAAUUGUGUAUUGAACUUUUUAUUUCAAAAUGUAUGUAUGACAUUUUCUGUGACUUUAAAUAUCUAACUAAUGCCCGUGAAUAAUAAAAUUUGCCAUGGACUAUA